AAAACCCUCCACCCCGCAUCCAAAUAACGCCGCUGCCACCGCCACCGCCGCCGCCGCCGGUGUUCGCCCCGGCAACCACCAGUCGAGCCUCUUCUCCGCUGCUCGAGUCCCUCCGCCGCCUUAUACCAGCACCGCCAAUCUUCGUCGUCUCCGACUUGUAAAUUUCCGUGUGGCAGAAUUCCCAAAUCCCGACUGCGCAACUUGCGCCGGUCCAGAACUCCAGAUCCAAUGGUGCUCUCCCCAUCUCCUUCCGCUUCGCCGCCCCGAUGGACCCGCACGUCGCCGGCAGCGGAACCACCGCCCGACGCUCCAGCCUUCCCGAUUGGGUCUUGCUCCACAAGUCGGCGCGCAUCUGCGGACACCGGAACGCGACCACGGCCGAGUGCCACACCACGGAGGGCGAACCCAUCCAGGUUUCUUUCUGGCUCGUCGACCCACCGGGAGUGUCCUACUUCUCCGUCCACUGCCCCGGCCUCGACAGCAAGGACUUCGCCGACGAGCCCCACAUCCUGUGCGCCGACGCCUCCCUCGUCCUCUUCUCCGUCGACUUUCUCCCUGUUCCUGGCCGGACGUUCAGGGACCCUGGCCGGAGAUGCACCCAGCGCUUCGUGUACAGAGCCGGCCCCGGGAAGCCGUCGCUGCACCUCAUUCCGGACCCGGACAUCGUCAGACCAAACGGCGUAUCCGCCCUCCUGCACUGCGGCGAUGCCGGCACCGAGCACUACGCCGUUGUCUUCCUUCACAGGAGAUCGAUCCUCGGCGACAAGGCUAGGUAUUAUGACCUGCAUGUCUUCUCGUCUGUGACGCGGGCAUGGAGCAGCAAGGGCACCUUGCCGGGCUUAUCUGAAGAUGAUCAGAAACUGCUGGCUAAAGCUAGUCAUGCCACAGACAAGGUGAUCAAGAUCGGAGCAAGCUCGCUGGGAUAUGUUGACCUCUCCUGGGGCAUUCUUCUUGCUUGCGACGUAUUCAGUGAAUACCCUGUCAUCAAGUACAUUCCAUUGCCCGCAUCAAGGGUUUGCAACAUGGACAAGGAUGGUGACCCUUACAUUGCCCCAGAAUACUGUUGUGAUGUCUCCAGCUGCAACAAUUUGAUCAAGUUCGUCGAGGUAGAGUUUGACCACCGUGAUCGCAGGAGCUUGGGCAAUCAAGGUUGGAAAGCCACCACAUGGAGCAGAGACAUAUCUUGGGAUGAUUGGCGUGUGCGCUCGUCGGUCAAUGUUGCUAACAUCUCAGUUGACCCAAGAUAUUCUGAUUUACUGCCCCAGUUGUGGAAUAACAAGACCAAAGAACUAGAACUGAAGAAACUGGUUUUCUAUACCCCCACCCUGAGCAAGAAUGACGAUGAUUUCCUUUACGUGAUGUCUAAGUUGAAUUCUGGAGGCGACAAGGCCUGGGUCAUCUCUGUUGACAUGAAACAUGCGGCUGUGGAAGCAAUCGCGCCGUAUUCUACCAAAGGGCGCCCACUUGCUGUAUGGCACUGUCCAUGCGCCUUCCCCAAGUAUAUAGAGCCGACACCAGAGGAUGGCGUGACCCAGAACUUUAAGAGGAUUAGUGUGUCAGACUGUGUUCUGCAAGUGAUGUUGACUCAAGACUGGUUCAUGGAACUUGAUAGACGCUUGGAAUUUGAGGAUGAAGCUUACGAUGAGUGCAGAUCUUUACUUCACGCUUGGCCAGUAUCAUCUCUGCUUUUAGAUAUCCAAGAAGUGAUAAAAUAUGCAUCUGAUUAUGAUGAAGGCGAAACCACCUCCAAAGCGGCUGAUGUUUGUUCACGAGCCUUGGAAGAUUUCGCUGUGCUACUGAAGUCACCCAGUGACCCAUUGUCAUGUACUGAUGCACUGAGGAGCAGAAUCAGUAUGGUCCUUGGAGCGUUAGACAGUUUUCUGUGUACUGUGCCGCCAACCGUGAGGGUGCUCGCAGAUGCCUGCCACCAGGAGAGACGGAGAGCUAAAUCUGAAGUCCGUCAGAAGCCAGGUCAGCUGAAGGACGAAAAACUGCAGGGCUUUCCUGCUAACCUUUCCCACGGCAAGAAGCCAGUCCAUACCAAGGACACUACUUAUGAUUGGUUGUACGGGAAAACGAACCAAACUAACUCUCGAGGUAAUAAGCAGAACCAGUCACAACGGGAUCACCGUGAUGAACGAGCAGUGGAUUCAGAUCAUCGCUGCUGCCCGGAACGGUGGAAAACCUCUGCAUAUUCGCUGAUGAUUCUGUGCCUGCUCUGGGCUUACAUACUGACGCAGUGACACCGACUGUUCUGAAAUUGCUCCAUCACCCUUCUGUGCAGUAGAGUCGGUAUCUUUGUACAGUAGUAUGUUUCUUUGGUUUCUGUGCACGAUAGAGGUGGCCUGUGUUCUGGAAUUUAGGCUUGGACUUCACAUCUGAUGAACAAGGUAGCAUGUGGUGAUGCUUGCCUAGCUCCCAAAUGUAAUAUAGUAGUAACUAUUAGUGAAGAGACUGAACGUUAAACAUAAUAGCAUGUGACUGGUGUACAUAAGAUACAGUUGAUACUUUGCAGUAUAUCAUAUCGCAGUAUGGAUCAAACUAUGAGAAUGCUGCAAUCUUGUACUCCUGUAUUUGAACUGGACCCAUGUUUGCAAA